AUGCAAAAACAACAACCAUUGGAUAUUGUGCAAUUAGCGGAAAUUACUUUUGUUCCGCGUAAUGGGGUAUUCUUACCUGAAGUGACAAAAUCAUGGAAAAAUUGCGAAUUCUUUUUCGUACAUAAAUCCAAUUUUUGGGCAGAAGAGUAUUGGCAUACAAUACCCUUUCAUGAUUGGCCAGCUGAUGGUUCGGAUUACGCUUUUGUAUUCCGAAUUUCAAAACAACCUAGUCGCAACCCAGCUGAUCAAUACAAAUCAAUUUUUAUGAACACAGUGUAUAGAAUCAAUUCAGUUGGUAAAUUUAAAAUCGAAUUCAGCUUUUAUGAGCCGAUUCGACAUGAAUAUUCAGUGGAAUUUUCUAAUGAAAGAAAACUUCCAUUUUUAAUGAAUGUUAUACAUCAACAGAUACCAAUUUUUCGUUGGGAUGCAAUAACAGAUUUUGAAAAAAAUCGUUAUUGGCUAUUGAAUUCCAAUCUUUUCAAACCAGCAAAUGUUCCUCAACAGAAAUCUGAAGAACAAAAAGCUGAAGAAGAAUUUGAUGAAUGGCGUAUACCGUUACAACCGCAAAGGCCAUCAACUAAAGCUGAAAAUAUGGACCUGCAAAUCGCUCAAGCAGGUCCAUCGACUUCAACAACAACAACAAUGCCUUCAACAAUGAUACAACCAACAUCGAUUGCUGAAGAAAAAGAAAAAAAUGAUAUAAUAGAAAGACUGGACGAUGAUGAUGAUCCAGACUUCUUCUAUGACUUAGAUGAGUUGGAUGGAGUCAUUUUUGAAUGA